AUGGAAACAACAACAGUAGUACCCACACACUCCGUAACAGAAAACGAAGGUAUGGAGAAAGUAAAUACCACCGCAGCUGAUCAACCCGCGGAUAUCACAACAACAUCAACAACAGAUUUGCUUGAAAGCGUACGGGAGGACAGCGUAAAACAUGAAGGUGCCCACAUGGAAGAUGAAGAUGGGGAAGGGGAAGAUGAAGAAGGUGAAACUCGGUGUAUAUGUGGUGAGCUCGAUACCCCUGAUGACUCUGGGUUUUUCAUUCAAUGUGAACAGUGUAGUGCCUGGCAGCAUGGCUAUUGCGUAAGCAUCACACAAGACAAUGCCCCUGAUAAAUAUUGGUGUGAGCAGUGCAGAUCGGAACUACACCAGCUCUUCACUACAGACACUGGUGAACCCAGGUCAAUUUAUAAGCCUGUUCAGGAAAAGAAAAGACAAUCAAGAAGAAGGGCACGAAAUGCUGUUUCAGGUAACCCUGAGAAUACCAAUGAGGUGGAGAAGAGCCUCAAGAAUACCAGUAAUACUGACGACAACAUCGAUGAUAUCGGUGAUGAAGAAGAUGAAGUAGACGAAGAUGAGUCUUCAAGUUUAGCUUUAGCUAAAGACGUCAAUUCAAGAUCAGGUAGAAGAAGGAGAAGGAAUUCAACGGAUGAUAUCUCCACAGAUCAUAAUUCCCUGGACGCUGGGGACAGUGACAAAAAGUUACAGGAUAGGAAAAGGGCUACUUUCAUGGCAAGAGAAGAGAAACAAUACCAAAGGAUGCUAGAAAAAGCCUUAAAAGAAAGCAGGAGGACAUCUCACCAAGAUGAUCCUGAACUGGACGAGAAUAAUGGUAAUAAUAAUGAAGCUGAUGCUGUCGUUCAGGACGGUAAUGCUAGACUACAAACAGGCAUUGCGCUAACGGAAGCUAAACCAGAUUUAAUAACAAAUCAGGAUUUGAAGGUUACAAUGGAGUCAUCUAAGGAAUCAUCGAUGGAAAAAUCAAAAGAUGUGGAGAAAGAAGUUGGCCAGGAGAAGGAAUCUUCAAUGAGUUCCGUGCAGGAUGCUGAAAAGACAGGCGAACCUCUUUUACCUUUAACCUCCAUAUCUUCUUCCGAAGAUGACUCAAGGAAAGCUAGUUCUUCAAGGGGUUCUAAAAGAGUUUCCAAACCAGUAAGAAAGAGCAAUAGAACGCGUCGAAGCAAUACAAAUUUAGAUGCCAACCAAAGUAGGAAAAGCGCUGAUAUAGGCACGGACAAACCAGUGAAGCCCAGAUUGCCGCCACAGAGGACUUCAUUGAACGAAAUGAGAAGAAGGGUGUCUGCUAUUCUGGAAUUCAUUUCCAGAACACAAUGGGAAUUGAGUGAAGAUCAGUCCGAUCGAGAAGAAUUUGUACGGUUCGUUGAAAACCAACAUUUCGUAGAAAAAGUAGAUGCCAUCUACAACGGUUAUAAAGAAAGUUUGUCUAUGAUGGAUGAUUUGACUAGAGAAUUGCUACUGUGGGAGAAAAAAUAUUCGAAAAAUGCUAAUGUCAUUCAAUGA